AUGGCGAACUCUCUGCUGCGUAGGUACAAUUUCGAUCGUUCGAAGCUAUCAGCUUUUGUUCAUUGUACACGAUUGCUUUCUUCCGACUCCUUGGUUGAGUUCAAGCCAGGGGAGGUCGGCUUAGCGUCCGGCAUUCCUGAAGAGCAUCUCAAUCGUCGGGUUAUAAUCUACUCACCUGCUAGAACCGCCACGCAACAAGGCUCUGGGAAAGUUGGGAAAUGGAAAAUUAAUUUUCUCUCCACACACAAGUGGGAAAAUCCCUUGAUGGGAUGGACAUCCACAGGAGACCCUUAUGCUAAUGUCGGCGAGGCAUCCCUUACUUUUGAUAGUGCAGAAGCUGCAAUGAGGUUUGCUGAAAAGCAUGGCUGGCAAUACGAGGUUAAGAAGCGCCAGACACCAAUUCUUAAGCCGAAGUCCUAUGCAGACAACUUCAAAUGGAAAGGACCACCGAAAGCUGAGGAAAAUUAAUUUGGAGCUUCAGGCAUCCCAAGCAUGGAGCUGGCUGAGCGUCAAGUGUGAGAAUCUAAUAUUUGAUACAUUACAAGUUUAGGAUGGUUUUAUAGUUGUGUAUAGAAUAUGUGAAUUCUAGAUCCUUUGCAACCUUGGUCCUGUUCUCGAGAGAAUUUUUAGAGCAUUUUAAAUAAAAAUUACUUAUGAGUUGGGAUGAAAAAUCACUCAAAUUGGGAGUCUGGGAGCUGGUCUAAUGGUCACUUAAUAUUAAAAUUAACUUUUGUAAGUUACAAGAGGAUGGGUCCUUUACGCUUUGUAUGAUAUCUAUUUAUUUUCAAA